CCAUCCCCCCCGCAACUAACCCUUCCGAUCCAGAUCUGGGAGUUGCGUCAAAUUUUGCAGCGUCGGUGGCGACUAACUGUGACUUGAAUUUUACUCUAAAAUAAAUGGAAAUGGCGCUGAAAUUGCUCUGAGUCCGAUCUCAACAGUGUCUCUCUCGUCCCAAUACGCGUGAAAAAGCAAAUAUAAAAAUAUCCCUCUCCCCCUCCUCUCUUUCCCCAUCUCCUUAUCAUUCAUGGUCUCCCACCACCACUAAUCCUCCACUGUUCAUCCCACUUGCUGCUCCGAGUUUCACUCUCAUUCUUAGCUGGUCGAUUUCCUUUCGGCCUAAUAUAAAAAAAGCUCGUUACUUUGCCAUCUGGGUACCCAGUUCCUUUCCCCCCCUGGCCUGCUCCAUUUGCUAUUUCAGGCGGCAACUGACAGCAGCAGCGAAAAGGGCUACUGGGUUUACUUGGGUUUCUUCCGAUUUCUCCUCGCUCCUUUUAGUCAGAUCCAAGUCCUCCAGAUGUCGUGUUAGUUGACACAAGGGUAAGUUUCUUCUCUUCCGAUUUCUUUACUGGUGGAUUUUCGCUUCCGUUUGUUCGAGUGAAGUAAAUUAGUAUUAGUGGAGGGGUUUCUAUUUCUGGGUCUUGCUCGAUUAAUUCUAGAUUGGACUGUUUUCUUCUUGUUUCUCUUGCUAUCGUUGGUUGAUGCACAGUCGUAAUUGUGUCAAUGGCGGAGAAUUGUUUCUUUUUGGUACAAACUUUGACUUGGUUUUUAAGUGCCGGCAGUAUUUUUGUGCUUAAUUGUUGAUGUGCGUUGUUGGUCAUUAUGAUUUGUAGAUGGUAUGUCAACGGAUCUGCUGGAUCUCCACUUUGAUUCUAACGAAGUGGUGCAGGAAAAGAUAGUGUAGUGACGUGGACCUCUUUAGAGUUCUUGCUGUUGUCCUUUUGUGUCUGUUUGAUUGAUUGGCCGAUUCAUUUGUGAGAUCAUGAGAUUCAAUGAGAGGAGAAAGGGAGAUGUUUACAAGUACCCACUUGUCAUUAGAUCCACCACUACCACCACCUAGAGAUGCAAUCUAAGAUUUAGUUUGAAUCUUGGGUAGGGGACGUGUAGCAACUAACAUUCCCCUAAUAAUCUCUUCAAGAGGAAGAUCACAUCACUGUGACAUUGAGCUUACUUCUUUUCUUGAUUUGCAUUUUCAGGGUGUUUAAGCCACUGUAAACUUCUUUACUUGAGGACGAAAUGGCAAUGGGGAAGUACUCACGGGUCGAUGGCAGGAAGUCAUCGAACUAUUGUUCAACGAUCAGUAUGGUUGCUUUUGUUGCAUUGUGUCUAGUUGGAGUUUGGAUGUUCAUGUCAUCAUCUGUCGUCCCUGGACAGAGUUCAGUUGUGCCGGCAUCCCAAGAGUCUGCCACCAGUCAGGGCAAACAAAGUACUGUUGAGAACACCAAGGGAUUUGAAGAUAGUUCUGGUGAUAUGCCAGAAGGUUCAAGUAAAGAAGGCGAGAGCACUGAAAAUCCUAAUACUGGCAACCAAUCGGAUCUCCAGGAUGAUGACAAGGUGACCGAAACUCAGACGGAGACCGAUUCUAACCCAGCUGGUGAAGAAAAUCAAGUUGAGAAGUCUCAAGAGGAUGGUGAUGGGAAAAAAGAGGAUGAAAAUUCAGGAGAGGCAGGAUCAAAUACAGAUUCUGAGGAGAAAGAAAAUGCAAGUGGGGAAAAGAGUGAGUCCGAUGAGGGGGAGAAGACCACCACAGAUUCAAGUGAAAAUAAGAAUGAUAGUGAGACAGAGGGUGGUUCAGGUGAAAAAUCAGAGUCAGAUGAGGGGGAGAAGUCCACAGAGGAAGGUGAGAAUAAGGACGUUAGUGAGACAGAGGGAAAUUCUAGUGAGAGUAAUGAGGGAAGUCAGGGUAAAGAUAAGGCAGUUGAGGUUUUCCCUGCGGGUGCGCAGUCAGAGCUUCUUAACGAGACUAGUACACAGAAUGGAGCUUGGUCUACUCAAGCUGCAGAAUCACAGAAGGAGAAAAGCUCGCAGAGUCCUUCAGAUGUCAAACAAGAUGGCCAAGCCUGGAAAGUAUGCAAUACCACUGCUGGGCCGGACUAUAUCCCUUGCCUUGACAACUGGAAAGCUAUCAGAAAGCUAUCUAGUACUAAGCAUUAUGAACAUAGGGAGAGGCAUUGCCCUGAUGAAGCACCUACCUGCCUUGUUCCUGUGCCGGAAGGGUAUAAGCAGUCAAUUAAGUGGCCUAAGAGCAGGGAUAAGAUCUGGUAUUACAAUGUCCCCCAUACCAAGCUUGCAGAGGUUAAAGGACAUCAAAAUUGGGUCAAAGUUAGUGGUGAAUAUCUUACCUUCCCAGGUGGAGGAACUCAGUUUAAGCAUGGUGCUCUUCAUUACAUCGAUUUCAUUCAAGAAUCUCUUCCUGAUAUUGCUUGGGGAAAAAGGACCCGCGUGAUAUUGGAUGUUGGAUGUGGUGUGGCAAGCUUUGGUGGUUAUUUAUUUGAGCGAGAUGUUCUUGCUAUGUCUUUUGCUCCCAAAGAUGAGCAUGAGGCACAAGUUCAAUUUGCUCUAGAGAGGGGAAUUCCUGCCACAUUAGCAGUUAUGGGUACCAAGAGGCUACCUUUCCCGGGAUAUGUUUUCGAUGUCGUGCACUGUGCACGUUGCAGGGUUCCUUGGCAUAUUGAAGGCGGUAAACUUCUUUUGGAACUCAACAGGGUGCUGCGACCUGGUGGCUACUUUGUGUGGUCUGCAACUCCAGUUUACCAAAAGCUGGAAGAAGAUGUUGGAAUUUGGGAAGAAAUGACUAAGUUGACAAAGGCCAUGUGCUGGGAACUGGUGGUUAUCAAGAAGGAUACACUGAACGGUGUUGGUGCUGCAAUAUACAGAAAGCCGAUGUCUAAUGAGUGCUAUAACCAGCGAACCAAGAAUGAGCCACCAUUGUGCAAAGAAUCUGAUGAUCCAAAUGCAGCUUGGAACGUGCCCCUCGAGGCAUGCAUGCACAAAGUCCCCGGAGAUGAAUCUCUACGAGGAUCUAACUGGCCAGAGCAAUGGCCAAAGAGAUUGGAGAAUCCACCAUACUGGUUGAAAUCCCAGGUCGGAGUUUAUGGCAAACCAGGUCAGGAAGAUUUUGCUGCUGACUAUAAGCACUGGAAGAAUGUCGUCUCGCAGUCAUACCUCAACGGAAUGGGCAUCAACUGGUCUUCUGUAAGAAAUGUCAUGGACAUGAGAGCGGUUUAUGGAGGGUUUGCGGCUGCACUGAAGGACUUGCAAGUGUGGGUUAUGAAUGUGGUUCCCAUCGAUUCUCCAGACACGCUUCCCAUUAUAUACGAGCGUGGUUUGUUCGGAAUGUACCAUGAUUGGUGCCAGUCGUUCAACACCUACCCCAGAACUUUUGAUGUUCUGCACGCAGAUCAUCUCCUAUCGGUUGUCAAGAAGAGGUGUAGCCUGGUGGGACUGGUGGUGGAAGUUGACAGGAUCUUGAGGCCAGGAGGCAAGCUUAUCGUAAGGGACAAUGUCGAGACCAUAACCGAGGUCGAGAGCUUGGCAAAAUCGAUGAACUGGGACAUCCGAAUGAUUUACUCGAAGGAGGGUGAGGGGUUGCUGUGUGUUCAGAAGACAAUGUGGCGUCCUAAGGAGGCUGAGUUGAUAACCUCGGCCAUCAUGUAGGCAUGAAGAUUAGAUUCAGAGCAGAGCAGAUCAGAUCAGAGGCAGAGCUAUUCAUCUGCACGCAGAGGAAUCAUCUGUGGCUGCCAGAAUGUAGCUUGGCAUUAUUUUGAGGUUGGAAGUAGGAUAUGGUUUUGAUAUCUGCAGCAAGGCGUAUGGGAAGAUGUUUUUUCUUAUCACUGUUAUUAUCAUCAUUUGUUAUUUUUUACUGUUAUUACUUACUGUGACGAUUUAUAGCUAUUACACGUUGAGGGAAUUGUAAAAUUUAAUUUGUAAUCUUCAAUUCUUCUUGUUGGCUUAACCGUAUGAUCUCCUACGUUUUUCAGUGAGUCGAUGUAUGUUUACAUUUAUAGUGGGGAUAAGCUGUUUUGUGCCGAGGAUAAUGACCUUUAGUAAGAUCAAAAUGUGGUACUCUAUUCAAAAUUUAAACACUGUAUUGGAGUUUCUAAAUGUCAAUUAGUUUUAUUAAUUGCGUUAAGUCCUAAAACAUUUGUUUACCAAUUUCCAUUAAUAAGAGGCUCAAUUCAAGUAUAGUAAUGAUAAUGGGGAAGGUAUGUCAAUAUCCAUCUCAUCAUAUUGCAGGCUUUGGAAAUUUAUCAUGGGACUCGGAUCCAUGCAAGUCAAUUCAUAUGGAUAUUUAUAUGUAAUUUAAAUAGAAAAUAUUAAAAUAUAUUUCAUUAAUCCAUUCUAGAAAACAUAGAUCUUUACUACACGAGAAGCAGUUGGUGUCCCGUUGGUACAAGGUUGCUGGGGGCGAAGUCUCGUUGGCAUCGAAUUAAUUGCAGGUGAACCCCAGGUUUAGUAGGCUGUAUUACGUAACCUUUUCAUAUUAGUAAGACUAUGUAUAGUUUAUGGAGAGAUAAUUGUUUUUUUAUGUAUCAAUACACAAAUUUAUAGAGGUAUAUUAAUCCCAAAUAUUUUGUGAAUUGUUUGAUUUAAACUAUAUUUAGGGUCUUAUCGUUGCAAAGCGUAGGCCAGAAAACUAGUUACUUUUAAAAUGUGUACUUGUGGCUUCUGAAUACUUACAACAAUCUGCAUAUUUAUGACUUCUGAAUAUUUACCAAUAAUCUCAAAUGCUUACUAAUAAUAGGUAAUGUGCAAUGAUAUUGUAAUACUUACUAAGCUCGAGACUGAAACCAUGCAUGGUGAUUAGAGAGGAGGGUCAAAAGACUUACCAAUUACUUCAUUCACAAAAUAUUUAUAAGUUUUAUUUGUAUUUCUAACUAAGGUUCAAGAAGGCAUUAGGAGUAAGACAGAUAUUGUGUCCUUGCCUAUUUCCUAACUCGGCGUCGCUUAUGGGCGCUUAGGCGUUAGAAGCAAAAAUAGCAGUUGCAGACUUGCAGUCAAACGAUAAUUGAAAUAUAUGUUUUUAUAACACUUCUACUUCAGUUAAGAUGUUUAAUUACUUACUUAAUACCUAACAUUAAGGAAAAAAAAAAUAUCUUACGAGUUCAUAGAACCAUAACUCAAUAGCUAACAAUUUUAUUGAACUAUUGAAAAGAUUUAUAAAAAAGAAUAUUGAGUUUGUAAAUGAUUUUAAUUACUGACUACCUAGUUCUGCCUAAUUAUGACCGCUUGAAACUCCUCAAGUCUCAGGGAAGCAUUGGGUUGUUUUUUUACUUGCAAAGUACAAAAUGGAAAAGGGGAAGAGAGUGGGGACGGGGAGACAUAUAUACUACCCGGCAUUCUCAACUUUCUGCUGUAUUUUUUUUUUUAAAUUCUAAAGGCAACCUAACUACUACUUGAAGUCAAAGCUUUAUUUUGAUAUAUCCAAGAAGUUAAUUUGUUACCCUUAACUAGGGCUGCAAAUGAGCCAAGCCGCUCGCGAGCAAUUCGGCGUUGGAAUCGGAAAAAACUCGUUCGACACUC